AUGUUUGGUGCUGUGUUUCUGUCCUUAGGCUGGCUGAUGCUGCAGUUAGCUGAUGGGGAACUGGAUUACAUGUCCCAGGGACAGGGGAUGCAACUGAAGGGCGACUUCUCCAUCGCUGGAUUCUUUCCUCUCCACUACGCAGAUGAACCAACUAGUGGUUUGCCUGCUUUGGGUCGAUGCAAUGAAGGUAGCGCCAACCAACAUGGAUAUCAUCUGAUGCAAGCCAUGAGAUUUGCUGUGGAAGAAAUCAACAACAACACCGGACCACAACCUAUUUUACCUGGAGUGACCCUGGGCUACCAGAUGUACGACAUCUGCUCGAUAUCAGCCAGUAUCCUGGGCGCACUGGACCUCGUGGCGCUUCAGAGUCCUGACUACACCAACAGUCAAAGGCCUGUGGGUUUGGUUGGGCCGGACAGCAGCAGCAACACGUUCACCCCUGCUACUUUAUUGGGGGCCUAUCUUGUACCACAAAUCUCUUAUGAAGCAUCAAACGAAAUGCUGAGCAACAAGUUCCGCUAUCCCUCCUUUUUCCGCACAAUUCCCAAUGACAAGAACCAGGUGGCAGCUAUGAUCCAGCUGUUGAUUCGUUUCAACUGGACCUGGAUCGCUAUUAUAGCCAGUGACAAUGCCUAUGGCCUGCAGGGAAUGCAGACCCUGUCCCAGGAAGCACCAAAGUACGGUAUCUGCAUUGCCUACCAAGGAGUCCUCCCAAUCGCCAGUGACAAGACCCAGACCAUGAAGAACGUUGUGGAAAGCAUACUGAGGACCAAAGUCAACACCAUUGUGGUUUUCUCCAGCAAGACAGUAGUCAAGAACUUUUUCCCGUUUGUUAUUGAGAAGAAAGUGACAGAUAAGGUGUGGCUUGGGUCGGAGGACUGGGUAGCAUCUUCUCUUGUAUCAGGGUUACCUGGGAUCAACACCAUCGGCACUGUGCUCGGCGUGUCCAUCAAAUAUGCAGCCAUAUCUGGUUAUGAGGUGUUUGAGAGAAAGGUAUAUGAGGCUUCAAAGCACACCAGUGACAAACAGGAAGCCUCUAACUCAAGCAAUAUUUGUCUACAGAGCACCGACCUGUACACCCUCGCCAGGAUGAAUUUCCCCCUGGAGAAAUACGACAUCACUUCCUCCUUCAAUGUGUAUACGGCAGUGUAUGCUUUGGCUCAUGCUCUGCACCAAGCACUUGACUGUGACUCUGGAGAGUGCCAAAAGAGGACGGUGUAUCCAUGGGAGCUUCUCUUGUGGCUUAAGGAGGUGCAAUUCAAUCUGGGAAAUACCUCUGUGUACUUUGAUAAGAGUGGUGACCCGCCCACAGGAUAUGACAUAAUUUUCUGGAUUUGGAGAGGGAUGAACUUUACUCUCAGAGAGGUGGGCACCUUCAGCCCAGAUCCCAUUACACUCACACUGGAUACUAAUCUAAUUGAGUGGCACACAGAAGAUUCAAGUACAGUGCCGCCAUCCAUCUGCUCUCCACCUUGCCCGAGAGGCCACAAAAAGUUGCAGACGGGGCAACACGCAUGCUGCUUCGACUGCGAGGCCUGUCCCCCUGCCACAUUCCUUAAUUUAAGUGAUCCCACUAAUUGCCAGGAGUGUCUGCCUGAGGAGUGGUCUCCAGAGAGUAGCGAGCAGUGUCUCAACAGGACCGUCCUGCUGCUCGCCUGGGACAACCCCCUUUCCAUUGCCCUGCUCUUCUUUAUGGCCAGCUGUGUUCUCAUGACCUCCAGCUCUGCAAUAAUCCUCCUGAUCAACCUGAACACGCCUGUUGCCAAGUCCGCCGGAGGCCGCACCUGCCUACUGAUGCUGGCAGCCCUGACUGUCGCUGCCAUGAGCUCUUUGUGCCAUUUUGGCCAGCCAUCCCCUCUGGCCUGCAUCCUCAAGCAGCCUCUAUUCAUCUUCAGCUUCACUGUGUGCCUGGCCUCCAUCACUGUGCGCGCCCUCCAGGUCGUCUGCAUUUUUAAAUUUGCAUCCAAGCUGCCGCCAGCCUAUGACAAGUGGACCAAAAACCACGGGCCAGAGUUCACCAUUUUCCUGGUGUCCGUCACCAUCUUGCUCAUAUCUGUGCUCCGUGUGGCCAUCACCCCUCCCCAGCCGUCCCAGGAUCUUGACUUCUACAAGGACAGCAUUGUGAUAGAGUGCAGUAACACCCUCUCAGGUGGUUCAGGCCUUGAGCUCGCAUAUGUUGCACUGCUCAGCAUCCUCUGCUUCUCUUUCAGCUACAUGGGCAAAGACCUGCCAGCCAACUACAAUGAGGCCAAGUGUGUCACCUUCAGCCUCAUGGUGUACAUGAUCUCCUGGAUGAGCUUCUUCACUCUCUACCUCAUAAGCAGAGGGCCCUUCACCGUGGCCGCACAAGUGUUUGCCAUACUCUUCAGUGUCCUGGCCUUCCUCGGGGGCUACUUCCUGCCCAAAAUUUAUAUUAUUGUCCUAAAGCCACAAAUGAACACAACUGCCCAUUUUCAGAAUUGUAUUCAGAUGUAUACCAUGAGCAAAUAAUGACAUUUACUUUUUAAAGUUGAUGAAAACUGGUGAAAAGUGUAAGGAUGCAGGCCUAACCAGUAAAAUAAUGGAAACAUCACGGUUUCACUUUUGAAUUUAUCCUGCAACUGGGUGUAAAAGGUUAAUUGUAUGUGUACAAAGUAAGUUGUAUUAGAUUGAUCUAAGUAGGGAAAUUAACGCUCAAGGACACUUCAGCAGCCUAGGUCCUUGAAGAUCCUUGAUGAGUUUUGAAAUGUCUUAAAAUGUCUUUGCAGAGAAUAACAAAAUAAACUUUAUCUUUGAGUCUGUGUACAUUUGUACAUUCCACUUUAAAUCACUCACUAUUAGUACUAAUUAAAGAUGAAAACUAAUUUUAAAUAGUCCAUGUAAAGUGAGGGAAAAGUGUAAAGUUUGCGUAAAAUGAAGCAUGGUAGAUCACCACACGCCCUAUGUAAGUUGAGUCCUUACUGCAGAGGCCUGGGUUUGAUUCUGACCCAUUUGCUGAAUGUUGCCUCUCUGUACUUCUCUUUCCUGUAUAUCUUUACCUGUCCUAACUAAUAAAGGCCCCCAGUAGAAUCUUUGAAAAAGAAGUGCAAGGCACAAGUGUAACUAAUAUGAUUAAUAAUGGAUCUGUUCUAUUCAAGUGUAUGAAUUGAAUGAAUUGAAUUGUAUAUGAAUGUAAGCUCUGAUGUAAUUUUAUGUAAUGCAGUUAAUGUUCAUCAUGUAAUGUGUUAUGUAUUGUGUGUUAUAGGAAUGGACCCCAGGAAGAUUAGCUGAUUGCCACAGCAUCAGCUAAUGGGAAUCCUUUAAAUAAACAAAUAAGUCAUAAAUA